CGCCUCACUUACCAUAGGAACAAGCAGGCACUCGCUCGGUUCGGGCUGGUCGGUACGGUCGCAAGGGGAGCAACUUUUAACGAGUAAGAUUCUGAUAUCGCAAUUAAAACAAAAACAACCAAUUUGCGUUUGAAACCGAGGAAGACGGCGACGACGACGACCAAGUGAGGCCAGAAGGAUGGGUUGUUUCCGAACACGGUAUCGAACCCGGGAAUUUUGCCGCAGCAGCACCCAGCACCAACGCAGCAGUAAAUUAGCAUUGGAGACCAAUUAGUGAUCGUCAUGGUGCUGCUCCGUGUCGUAUUCGUAUUGUUGGAAAGUGAACUUAGAAGAAAUGCUUACUAAUUAAAACGAGUACGCUGCCCAUGCCUAGAGUGUGCCUAGAGUCAGUGAGUGAAGUGCAGUGGAGGACAAUCGACACAGUUAGGUACGCUGAAUAAUACGCUCGUGUGUCAGUCAAACGACCAUCGUGCGCGCGCUAAUCAACGAAAACGAACCACGGUGUGGUGUUAUCUUGAUGAAAUUGCAAUCAACGGAGCUGUCCGCUGGAUGGAUUUAGAUGGUGUCAGUGUUUUUUGACUCUUUUGCCAGGAUGAUGCGGGCUCGGAGAGAUAUGAUCUUGCGUCCACAUCCAACCACCGGCGGUCGACGUCAAUGACGACGAUGCCCCCGGUGCUCACCGACAGCCACAAAGGUUCCAUCGAAGACAUCCAAAUCUCGCUCGCGCCGUACAUCCAGAGCUACCUGACCCAAACCGGCCGGCGCCACUCCUGUUGCAGCGUCAUGCUUCCGGUAGCGUUCGAGCGGGCUGCCCCGCGUUCCUGGUUCGACCCACGGUUCGACUCGCCCGUUCUGGAGGGCCAGUUCCAGGCCAGUGUGUUCCCUCAGAUUAGACUCAAAUUCAGAUUCGCCCUCUUCUACAUCCUGCUGUGUUCGCUGGUUUGGCUGCUGUACUUCCUGUUCGACGGUGGCCCUACCCACUACCACCUGCUGACGGGAUCGAUCGGCCUAAUACUGAUCGUCGGCCUGGUGGGCAUGUGGCUCACCCACACGGACAUCUACCGGGCCUACACCAACCUGAUCUCGUCCGCUUGUGCCAUCCUGUUGUGCAUGUUCUCGCUGUUCCUGCUGCUGUUCACCGAGGAUGCCCUCAGCCCACUGGGCCAUUUCUCAAUCUGCAUCGAGAUAGUGAUGCUGAUCUACACCAUCAUCCCACUUCCGCUGUGGUUGUGCUGCAGCAUCGCCUCGGCUUACUCCGUGUGCUUCGAAGUGCUUUCGUUCUUCCACCAGCCACACUACGUCCAGGAACCGGAAGUAGACGACGUGGACUUCAGUUUUCACGCGCAGACAAACUCCUCCGAUAAGGACUCCAGUGGGUUCGUGUACAAAAUAGUGCUAAUCCGGGUGUUGAUCCAGCUGUGCGUCCACCUGCUAGGGGUGCACAUUCUGAUCAUGACCGUGGUCCGGAUGCGGGGGACGUUCAUGAAGGUUGGGCAGAAUCUGCUAGUUCGGAGGCAGCUCGAGAUGGAGAAGCAGCUGAAGGAGAAGAUGAUCCACUCGAUGAUGCCUCCGAAGGUGGCCGACCUGCUGCUGAAGGAGAGUGGGAGUGUAGUGAAGGGGAUGAGCUUCGAGCAAUGUCCACCGCGGAGGGCAACUCCGUCGGAUCUGAAGAGCUUGUUCAGGCCGUUUCACAUGAACAGCAUGGACAAUGUGAGCAUUCUGUUCGCGGACAUCGUUGGGUUCACGAAGAUGUCCUCGACGAAAACGGCCGAACAGUUGGUGGAGAUAUUGAACGAUCUGUUCGAGCGGUUCGACGAUCUGUGUAUGAUGAAUGGGUGCGAGAAGAUUUCAACGCUUGGGGACUGUUACUACUGUGUAAGUGGGUGUCCGGAACCAAGGCCGGACCAUGCGAUCUGUUGUGUAGAGAUGGGUCUGGGUAUGAUUCUGUCGAUACGGACGUUUGAUGCGCAACGGCACGAGGGAGUGAAGAUGCGAGUUGGGGUUCAUACUGGAACGGUGCUGUGCGGAAUAGUGGGAACAAAACGGGUCAAGUUCGACGUGUGGAGCAACGACGUGACGUUGGCGAAUAAAAUGGAAUCCAGUGGACGACCAGACCAAGUUCACGUUUCGGAAGAAACAUGCAGUUUUCUGGGCGAUUCCUACGUCAUCGAAGAGGGCGAAGAGGUCGAUGGUCAUCGAACGUACUUCGUCCUCGGCAAGAAGCCAGAUCCCGUGUGCUCCAUCACGGAAGGCCUUUCGAGUCUCGGCCUACCUGGAGACGGCAGUGCCAUGCUGACGUCCUCUCCGCUAGAUGGCAACAGCCACCGGAACUCCUUCAUCCAUAACCACAGCCCCAGUGAUGGUCACGAGCCCGGGACCUGCUGCCUAUCGCAAAGUGCCACAAACCUGUCGUCGAUACAUCCGGCAGUUCCGCCGGCUUCCCCAGCUGGUCCGGUGUCAUCAUCGCUGAAUCCUUCGCCGGUGUCCAGCCCGCGGCCACGGAUAGCGUCACUCUCGAGAGUGACAAAGUUUCUCAAAGGUAAGCAGCAUCAACAGCAAAACCGAGAUGUCGAGAAGCCGAAGAUAAUCGUCAGUACCAAGUCGAUGCCCAACGGGAUGGAUUCGGACGACGGGGAUGAGGAGUUGGCGUCCGCCGUAGCUACAGUGGCCAACGAGAAGGGGUCCAAGUUCAAGAGUUGGAAGAUGGGACGGCUGCUGAAGAAGAUGGAGUCUACGGGGACGGCGCCGAUUACGAAUGGAAGCGGUAACGGUCAGGUGGGUGCCACCUUGGUAAGUUUAGGCUCAGAGCUGGAGAGCAACAAAAACUGUGAUAGUAGUAGGAGAGACGAAGAAGUGCCAUGUGUAGUAGAGCAGAACAGUAGUGGUGGAGUAGGAGGCUACCAGCAGUUACCGAUAGUGAUUGUCACUCCGAGGCCGAGCUGCCACACGUUGGAAGUGUCAGGUGGUCCGGCCCAGGGGAGUGUUCGGUCGCGUGAUCGUGAGGGCUCGAAAUCGAUGAGCGUCGGUGCCUGCGGCGACAACAAUUCCAACCUUAGUCAGAAUUCCGUGUUUGACGACAUCAUCGACGUAAGGUCGUACAUUUCCCAAAGUCGUAGCGAUAUCUCACCCUUUGCCCGGACCGGAAGCUACCGAUCCCAGUGUGAAAAGGCCUCGUUGAUCGCGGAGGUUCCGAGUGGGAGACCUCGAAGUUCUACGAUCGCUUCGCAUAGUGUAGACUUGAACAGUAGGCAUAGUUCCGUGUGUCCUGGUAGUAGGUUACUCUGCGAUGGGGCCAGCUUGUGUCCGUCGGCGACUUCUCGGAAGGACUCCGGCAUUCGGUCGAACAGUCGACGAUCGAGCAUCCAGCAGCACAUCAUGCUGAUGAACCAAAGUGCGGCUCUUUCAGCUCAUCGGGUUAGCGGUUACUUCACCAGUUCUCAAUCUAGUCUUUCGGCGGUCGUAGCGGCAGUCGGUGCUUCGUCUACCGACCCGGUCUUGGCGCUGAAAACCAACGGCGAUGUGAGCGAUCUUCGCUGCGUCAUCAAAGAAGCUCACCCGGAUCCGUUGGCAGCGUGUCUGCAGCAACUUCGGAAGCAAUCAGAUCUCCAGUUGAUCCGCUGUGUUCGGGACAACGCCCGAAGUCAGCGGAGUUAUCUGGUGAAGCCGCCUCUUCUACCCAUCUCCCUUCGAUUCAAAUCUCGACCAAUGGAGCACGAAUUCCGCUCGAAAGCUCACCGAUUCGGCAGCGAAUCUGAGCUGGAAGGCGGCCCGCCAACCCUCGCAACCCCGAAGUACAACACCUACAUAGAUAUCCUAGUAUCUUUCCUCAUCUACAUCGCCACGUCCACUUCGUUAUUCCUCCUGUCGCCGUCGGUCUAUCUGGAGUCGUACAAAAUAUGGGUCUGCAUUUUCAUGGCUUUCAGCACGCUGCAGCUGUUCGCUCUGUUCAUCUGCACCAAGCAGGUCUGCCGAAGGGUUCACAAGUACCGGCGAUCGCGCCCGAUCGUUACUCGGAGUUGCUACGACAGCGUCCUCCGGAUCGUGUCCAACUGGUAUCCGUGGCACAUCUGCGGAGCCAUUCUGAUGUCCCUGCCGGUCAUCUCGAUCCUGUCCAACUUUGCCAUGAUGGACGUGAGCAAGUUCAAGAUCUUCGAGUUCCACUACGGGUUCCUGAUGUUCAUCUGUGUGAUCCACUUUUGCAACUUUACGCAGCUGAACUGCUGGAUGCGGAACUGUUUGGCGCUGUUGACGUCGGUGGCGUUUAUCGGGAUCGCCAUUGGACACAUGCUGGAGCUGAGGAAUGGGUCGGUGGGGGUGGAAGUCUUGGAGACGAUUGUUGGGGUCAACGAGACCUUACGGGUUACCCCAGAGCUAAAACAGGCGCAGUUCGAUUGGUUCAACGACUACCGGAUCGAGAUCUACGUGGAUCUGUUUCUGCUGCUGAUCUUGGUGUGGUUUUUGAAUCGGGAGUUCGAGAUCAGCUAUCGGUUGAGUUUCUACGGUAGUGCGGUGGCGAAUCAGGACAAGAUACGGGUGCAGAGUAUGAAGAACCAGGCGGACAUGCUGUUGCACAAUAUCAUUCCGAAGCAUGUGGCGGAGCAGCUGAAGAAUACGGCCAAGUAUUCCGAGAACCACAAAAACAUCGGGAUCAUUUUCGCCAGCAUCGUGAACUUCAACGAGAUGUACGACGAGUCGUAUCUGGGAGGGAAGGAGUAUCUGCGAGUACUUAACGAGUUGAUCGGGGAUUUUGACGAACUGCUGGCAAGGCCGGAGUUCCGAUGUGUGGAGAAGAUCAAAACGAUCGGAAGCACCUUCAUGGCGGCAUCCGGACUGGACCCGAGUAGCCGAGGCGAGGACAGCGAACAUCUGUACACGCUGCUGGACUUUGCGAUAGCGAUGCAGCAGGUCGUGGAUUCGUUCAACCGGGACCUGCUGGAGUUCAACCUGAUCAUGCGGGUGGGGUACAACUUUGGGGACGUGACGGCGGGGGUGAUCGGUACCAGCAAGCUGUACUACGACAUCUGGGGUGAUUCGGUGAAUGUGGCCUCCCGGAUGGAUUCGACCGGUGUCCCCGGGCGGAUACAGGUCGGGAGUGCGUGCGUGCCGACGCUCUCCGAGCGGUACGAUUUCGAGCCCCGGGGGAAGGUUUACGUCAAGGGUAAGGACCACAUGGAAGUGUACCUGCUGGUAGCCAAGAAGCCAGAUCUGCUGGGACCACCGGAGCUAGAUAGGGACCCGAUGUAGGGCGGGUAGG